AUGAGUACACGACAAGGCUUGAAGUCGGUAGCUAUUGACAAGACGGCUGAUGACAAGGAGAAAGAGGACACUGAAAUCGAAGAUGACGUCGAAGAUGAGAAAGAAGAGAGUGCUGAAGAAGAAGAGGAGGAAAGCGACGAGGAGGUCGAGGAAGACACAGGGUUAACGGAGAACCAAAACCGCCUUUUGUAUUUGAUCUCAAUGUACUCGAAGCCCGCUGUCCGUGCUUCGGACAAGGAAGAGUGGAUUCGUAAGCCAGCACUUCUAGUAUUGCUGUACGAAGCGAUCGUGUCCAAGGCACUAGAUUACGACUAUGCGCCGUCGUCCGAACUGAUAGAGAACAAGCGCAAGUACUUCAAUAUCUCGCAAGAAGGCAAGUCCGAUCUCGAUUUUCUACGUGAAGAGGACUUGGUAAACGGACUCAAACUAUCGUCCAAGAGCUAUCAGCCUGUGACUUGCUAUCAAAUAUCCGAGAAGGGACUGGAAAUCGUGGCGAAAAUGAGCAAGACAGACAAAUUAGCGAUCAAUGACAUGGCGUACGCCCCAGGAACUUUGCAUCUGUUGCGUGUAGAGUGGGAUGGAGAGGAGUAUUGGCUUGUGGAUGACGAAAGUGGGUAUCGGCGACUAUCGUCUGUGACUGAAACAGAGGAUGUAUCCUACGUCUCUAGUGCGUAUAUCCCUCAGUGUCUACGAUUCGGCGGCAGACCAACACUCAGUAAUGCACAUCGAGCUCAUGAAUGUGGAGUGAGCGAUUCCAGUAUCCGCGACCAACUGGACGAGAUCAUCACACUUAACUCGGUAUCCCUCAUUGUAGCCGAGUACAUCCCUUUCGGUUCUAACCAGGUUGUACAACUGAACUGUAACCUGGGAUCUACCGAGCGAGUUCAGGGCGGAUUCUUCACUGCAAUCGUUGACGAUAAUGCAAGCGGAACCCAGAUAUCCGUUGAUCCCGGGCUCACUUCUAUCAACAUUUUAGAUUAUACGAUGACCAACCACGUCAAUUUUGAAGCGGAUAUCCACUUUCCUGAAGCUCCUGGCGUCGUGCAGGUUGAAACCUUUGGAUGUUCACUUACAGCUGCAGGGUCCUGUUUGUACGGAAUGCAGGUGGAAGCUAUCAUGGAUCGUAUCAAAGACAACAUUUCGCUUGAUCACCUCUCUCGACUCUUGGUGGACGUUCACAUGGACUCUUCCAAGAUCGUCGAUAGCGUUCUGUCAGCAUACCAACGUUCUUUACUAGGACUUAUCUUCUCGAACCAAGCAGCUAGUCGCAACAAGAUUAAUCUCAUCAUCGCGAACGAGAUUACACCACAUUUAACCGCAGAGGAGUACAUGGAUAAAGGCGAGUACGAGAACGAAUUGAAACAGGUAAUCGGCGAUACCCGUGCAGCUUUCGAUAUCAGCGAGCACGAUACUCUCGUCUUUGGAGCGCACGGACUACUUAUCGCCGGCCCAAAUAGCAGACAUCAUGAGCCACUACUGUGUAGUUUUCUCCAGUAUGAGUCCAUGAAUCUGUUCACACAGAACUUCUUCGCUCGAAUGUUUAUCAUCGUAGACGACAUGGCACAAGUGCGAAAACUUAUCGAGACAGCCGAAAAGGAUCCGAAUAGACUGCGAGAAAUUCGGAACCGCCUCGCUUCGCUCUCUAGAGAAAUUAUUAUGAUGGAGGAAACGUUGAGUUACUUAAAAGAAUCACUGGAUGAAGCGAUGGUACCCGCAGAACCACCUGAGCAGGCAGGGCGAAGUCUUUAUGAGCGACUACAGUUGGGAAUUCUGAGCAACCAACUGAAACGUCGAGUAAAAGAUUUACACAAGAACAUGGGCGGUGCUCGCCAUGAGUUGGCUGUUUUAAACGAGAUGGCGAGUAUUGUCUCGAGUGAGAAGGAUUUCCAACAAAACGAAGCUAUCCGUAUGAACACGCGAACGUUGUGUGAGCUACAGGAGAUAAACGAGCGCUCAGCUUCGACUCUACUGAUCAUAAAGAUGAUGUUGAGUGGUCUGUUGGCGUUUAACAUCCUGGACCGAAUCACUGGGGACUGGACAGUUGCCGAUCAAGACUGGAUGAAAAGCUUCGUCGAGGUCAUGUUCUACAAUAACCCGGGGCUGUGGUUCUUUUUCAGUCUUUUCGCUUGGUUGAUUGUAGGCACCGGAGUGAUCUUCUUGCUUAAAUACCUCAGCUUCAAGUCGCAAGGUAUUGUUUCCAUCAAGGUUGAGCGUAAGGCGCCCAUACAACUCAAGAACCUCACCAGUUACUUACGAAGCAAGAUCCUCGACAAUGAGACACAUCACUACGAAGGCGGGAUUCGUAUCGCUAAGGUGGUAUGGAAGGAAAAAGACAAGAAGGAGUGGGGUGGAACUGUUCCUACCAUCGAGCUGGAAUACGACGAAGAGAACGCGUUCAUGUUGCGACUAGCAAUAUCGUACAACAAGCGUCAGGCUGCUAAGGCCCUUGCUUUCAAUGCCGACGAGUUGUAUAAACGUUUAAUGCAGGAGAUAGACAAGGCGCGCAUAUUCGUUGACGCUGACAGUGAUGCCUCCACACAAGUGUCAACCUCGACGGGCGCCGCUGUUCCACCAUCCAAGACUCCAACCAACAAAGAAGAAACCACCUUACCGCCCACAGCGCCUAACUAA